GAACUUCAAAUUGUUCUUUCAGCAGAGAUUUCUUUGGGACCAAAAAGAUAUGCACAAGAUCGAUUUUUUGAGUUAAAAUUGAAGAAUCUUCUCGAUUAACAUAUUGUUUUCCCAUCUAUACGAAAUUUUGAAUCUCUUGAAUAGUUUAGAAGCACAAAAAACAUCUGCCAUGGAUGCUCUGGCUUGGAAAACCAUGACAGGUAUUGGUAGAGAAGCUUGCACAGGCACAAAAUCAAGAGAUUAUUCUACUGCUAAGAAUGUAUUUUUUGAAUUGGGAUUAAAAUGUCAGGCUAAAUUCAAGUCUUGCAGAAAUCCAGUGUCCUGUCCUCCCAUUUCUUCUUUGUUCUCACCUCCGUUUGUCUUUCCUGGUUCGCUAAAAUUUAUUUGGAUCAACAAAACGAGUGAGGGGAAUGUGGAAGGAAGUGCAAAAACUGAGUUAGAAAUGGUUGAAAGUCGUGAUGGGUUCAAUUGCUCGGCAUGUGGAGCUCUGAAAACUUCCCAACAAAUUCAGGAAUCCAAUGCAGAGGAAGAGGAAAAUGCCGCAGGGGACAAUGGCUUUCUUAGUUCUGAUGAUUCACUGAAGAACCUUGAUGAGAAAAGCAGUACAAAACUAAAUUCACCAUUUUACAACCCGGGAGCUCAAGGUAGUGAAGGCAGCUGCAUCUCACCAAAUGAAAACAAGUUGGAAAACCCAGAUGAAUAUGAUCGCGCAAGUCACAUGAACUGGGUUGGGAGGAUGAUAGAGUUUGGAUCUUACUGGAACGAACAGAAUAAAUGUGAUCCAAAUUCUUCUUCCAAUGGAGCCUCGACCUCAAGGAAACAACCUUGCUUAUCCCAACAGGCCGAUUGCUCCUCUAAAAUGCAUGCGGGCAACAAUAACCCUAAUCAUCCCCACGACGGUUGCAAUGGCGAUGAUGAUUUUUUGUGCUCCCUGAGGAAACAAGUAUCAAUCAAUGAAGUAACUCACGACAGGGAUUCCUUCUCUAGGUUGUUGUAUCCAGUGUCGUUGUCAGAGACAAAGAUUUAUGCCCAAAUGUCAUUUCUUUGUGACCAAGCAUAUUCGAUUCCUCAGAUUAAGCCAGCAGAACUCUGGAAGUUAUGUCAUCUCCAUUUUGUUACUUCGUCCUUGGACAAGACAGCUGAAACAAUUUCUAAAAUUGUGAGCUCGGUGUCAACUGCAAACCCUGACUUGCAAUCAAUGUCAAUCUCUUCUGAAACAGGGGAAGAAGGCAACUCUAGGCGCAAUGAUGGAACUAACUCUAGGCUCUCUGUAAACCCUAGUGUGGCAUAUGAAAUAGCUGUAUCUGCAGCUUCUUACAUACUUUCACAAACAAAAUGCAUUCUACCCUUUAAAUCCGAGAGAAGAAAUCAAGCAGAUAAUGAUGGAAAUCUGAACUCUGGAACAAAACAGGACGCAGAAGAUAUUGCAGUGGAGCAAAAAGCAUCUUAUACAGGUACUCAGCAGACAUUUACUGAUUCACAGCAUGCUAAGUCUACUAAACUCUCUAGCAUGUCAAAGUCAGAUACGCCUGCAAGUAUGGAUACCUCAUCGAUCACUACUCUGGUAGAUGCUGAAGAGGUUGCAAAACAGAAAGCUGCAAAAGAUUCGCAGUCAUUACAUUCUCCUCUUUGUGAGUGGUUUAUAUGUGAUGAUGACAGCAGCCAUACCCGCUACUGUGUUAUUCAGGGAUCUAAUUCAUUGGCAUCAUGGCAAACGAAUUUGUUUUUUGAACCCACAAAAUUUGAGGGCUUUGAAGUUCUUGUACACAAAGGAAUAUAUGAGGCUGCCAAGGGAAUGUAUGAACAACUCAUGCCCAAGAUUCUCUCUCAUUUGAGAAGACAUGGAGAGGAUGCAAAAUUUCGAUUCAUAGGUCACUCCUUAGGAGGAAGUCUUUCAUUGCUUCUAAAUUUGAUGCUGCUCAUAAGAGAGGUGGCCUCGAAAACAUCACUUUUACCAGUUAUAACAUUUGGUUCACCUUGUGUUAUGUGUGGAGGAGACUACCUGCUCCAGAAAUUAGGUUUACCUAACAACCAUGUACAGGCCGUCAUGAUGCACAGAGAUAUUGUGCCCCGUUCCUUUGCAUGUAAUUAUCCAGAUCAUGUCACAGAAGUUUUGAAAAGGUUACAUAUUAGUUUCCGAGAUCACCCUUGUCUUAAUUCCCAGAAAUUUUUGUAUGGAUCCAUGGGUCAGCCGUUGAUCUUGCAGCCAGAUGAGAACAUCUCUCCUCCUCAUCCACUACUUCCUUCUGGGUGUGGGUUUUACACACUCUGUCAUGUUGAGCGGGAUAGUAGUGAACCUAAGAAUGAACUUUCAGGCACACUUCAAGAACUUUCAGGCACACUUCAAGUUCAGGCUGCUCAAAAUGCCUUUUUGAACACUCCGCACCCACUUGAAAUUCUUAGUGAUAGGGGUGCCUAUGGUUCUAGGGGAUCCAUAUCUAGAGAUCACGAUUCAGGUAAUUAUUUCAAAGCAAUCAAUUGCAUUCUUCGGCAACAGAUAAAGCAUGUAAGAAUUUUGCACAGGAAGCAAAGAAGGCAGGAAUGGCGGCCUUUGGUUACUGCAGAUUCUUCCAUGUCUUCAAAGAUGCCGUCCAAAGUAGGUAAGAAAGAGAGUAAAAUGUCUGAAGAUUUAAUGAGUUUCUGCAAAUAAUGCAUCUCAAGGUUCUGCAGUCAUUAUGGUGAAUGCCUCUUUGACAUAGCCGUUGGAAUCUGGAUAUGUUUCAAUUCAAGUGUUUCUCCAAAAAAAUUGUAUGAUUUAUUUGCAAUUAGCUUGAGGAUACGAGUAAUUUUGUAUCUUUAGGUUGCUCAUGGCAGCUCCGAGCAGGAUUUCGGAUCACAUUAUUGCCUAUAAAAAUGUCACAUCCUGUCCAAGAUGGGAUCUUUUUCAUGGCGCAGUGAUGUUGCUAUCAAAACUCUCCUUUAUAUAUACUUGUAAAUAGCAGGGAUACAUUCUUUGUACUUGUAAAUAAAAUGCACAGAUAUU